AUGUUUCAAGCAAUUAGAAGGUUUGGUAUUAGACCCAGAAACAAUUCACCAAUCCAAUGGAGUCUCACUGACCACGUUCCAUCUCCUGCUUUUGAUACCGGGUGCACAUACUGCCAGCCUCUGUCGUUUCCAUCAGACAAGCAAAUUGAUUAUGAACGACCGUUGAACAAGAGCUCUGCAAUUCCAAUAAAGCAUGUUAUGGUUCUCACUACAAAAGACAACAAGAUGGACCAGUUUGAGUCACGAAUCGAGGAUUGGAAGGGGACAUUGGCGAAUGAGAUCCAAAAAUUGAAAACAUCCAACAAGAAACUUCACCUAGCUGAAGGUACAUCAAUCUCUAGUAUAGUUCUUCAGAGCCACAAUUUGGUGUUACGAGAGUUUGGAGUCAAUGCAGAUAAUGCAAAUGAGCAGUUGGUGUUUAUAUACCCUGAGAUGAAGGCCGUAAAGUUUGAUAUUGCCCAUACCGAUCAGUUUAGAAAGAAAUAUAUUUCACUGAAAAGACGACAACCAGUGUAUAAUCCAUUUGUUAAAGUAACGGAGAAUGAUGAAAUUGGUAAUGAAGAAGAUGACGGAGUUAUUGUUGAGUCAAAAAAUUUUAAAGAGUAUAAAGUAGAAAAGGAUUUGAUUGUUACUUGUGGUCACACAAAACGAGAUAUAAGAUGUGGUGAGCUUGGACCUUUGAUUACAGCGGAGUUUGAUAAAGUUUUGACAAAAGAAAAGGUUAGAGAUCAGUUUUACGUAGGUCAAAUAACCCAUAUCGGUGGACAUGCGUUUGCUGGGAAUGUCUUGUAUUACCCUAAGGAGUGUGAAAGUUCCCGGGAUUUUAUAUGGUACGGCCGUGUAUUUCCUAAAGAUGUGCAGGGUCUAGUUGAAGAAACCGUGAAUGGUAAAAGAGUGAUUAAAGGGUUAUUUCGUGGAGAUUUAAACCAUUUUGUAAAAAAAUAG